GGUACAUACCUCAUGUAGGUACCCCGAUUUGUACAUCAUCAUCUGAGCUCAUAGGCUUAUGACCGAUAAGAUAGGGCUGCCUUAUUGUAUCCGGUAACGGUAAGCACGUCACAUCGAAUCUCCCAUUCCUUAUUCUCCCAUCCUCCCAAUACAUACAGGAGAUGGGAACUUUCAUCUUCAAGUCAUUCCUUUAAACCAAAUCAUCUUAUAGAGCUACCUAGGUCUUCAUCAUCUAGGGCUCACUGGCAGUUCGUUGGACUGCCACCCCCCCUUGUCGUGAACAUGGCGACGCCAUCGACCUUAGAUCAGUCGCCUCUCCUACGAUCGCGUUCAUCCUCGACAUUAGGGUCGCUUAGCUCAAACACGACCAUCAGCGAUGCUUCCCGAAACCUGAAGCUCCGGCAUAAGACGCGUGCCUUACGCGCCGUCGCCUUCGUCGUAUCUAUCCUCACAGCUCUCUGCGCCGGGUCCAUCACUGUCUUCUCGCUCUACGGGCACCUCUUCCAAUCGCGACUACACUACACCCAAUUCCAAAUCAACGGCAUCGCUAGUACCAUGAGCCUCUCUAUGUACCUCCCGGUCCCCGUGAUAGGAUUUCUAUGCGACCGAGUAGGACCUGGUCCGCUCUCCCUGUUGGCCUCGAUCCUGCUAGGAGGCGGGUACGGUUUGGCGGCCGGGUUAUAUCAUAAGGGUCUUGGAGAAGUUGAGGAUGGAGUGAAGGGCGUGAAAACUACGUUCCCUCCUAUGCUCAUUGCUUUUGUGGCUAUUGGUGUAGGCACGUCCUGUAUGUACCUGGGUGCUAUUACUACAUGCGCCAAGAACUUUGGGCAAGGCAAAUACCGAGGCUUGAUGCUGGUUGCUCCCAUUGCGUCGUUUGGUCUUGGUGGGAUGGUCCUUAGUCAGAUCGGGAGCCGUAUUCUCUACGAAACACAGCCGGAUGGAGCCAGAGAUGUAAACGUAUUCCAUUUCUUCCUGUUCCUCAGCGUCGUUCUCGCUGUCCUUGGACUUAUCGGUACCGUUUCGCUGCGAAUUGUAGACGAGGAGGACCUCAUCGACGGUGCGGUAGAAGAACUAGAGAGGAGCGGGCUCCUCGAGGGAAGCGAGGUCUUUCACCGUCGAGCGCAUCGGGACUACGGUGCUAUUGAUGCCAUCGAUGACGAUGCUAGAGCCAUAGACCCGGCUAGGGAUGAGGAUGACGAGGAUGAUAAUGCUAGGCUGAAAAAGGCCUGGCUUCUCAAUGCUGAGACUAGGAGAUUUUUGUCGGAUCAUACGAUGUGGUGGUUUGGUAUCGGUUUUUGGCUCAUCAUUGGACCGGGCGAAGCGUUUAUCAACAAUCUUGGCACCGUGGUUGGAACUUUAUAUUCUCCGAGCACAAGGUCAGAUGAAACGUCCGUGGCGACACACGUUUCUAUUAUGGCUGCGGUGAGCACGGUUGCUCGUUUACUUGCGGCGUCGCUGAGCGAUCUGCUAUCGCCAAGUCCUCAUAGCCAGCACGUUCAGACGGGAUUUCCAACCUCCCUUCCAGAGCUAAGACAAAAGAUAUCAGUCUCACGCAUAGUUAUAUUCAUUGCUGCUGGUAUUAUUUUAUCCAUCGGAACGCUAGUACUGGCCUCCGGUGCAGUUCAGGAGCACGGGGAACGUUUCUGGAUUGUAUCUGGCGCGAUUGGAGCAGGGUACGGCGCAGUAUUCAGCCUAACGCCGAUUAUCGUGACGAUGAUCUGGGGUGUUGAGAACUUCGGCACCAACUUCGGCAUCCUCGCACUCACACCCGCUCUGGGUUCCACGAUGUGGGGUCUUAUUUACUCGGCAGAAUAUCAGGCCGGUGCUCACGAUUCACCUUCGCUGGCUAAAGGGGCUGAUGAAGAUGUGUUCUGUUAUGGCACAAAGUGUUAUUCGUCCACGUUUUGGGCCAUGACGAUCUCCGUGUGGAUCGGGGUGGUCAUGGUUUUCUGGGCUUGGAAAGGCCGAAAUGGUUGGUCUAAGAGGGGGAUUGUUAUCUAGAGGCAUAGACCUACAUAGAUACCUACCUAUAGAGCACAUGUGCGGAUAAGGGUUGUAUUUACACGUAUUACUUUUACUUGGAAGCGAUUUUAAAUUUUGGGGCAGGGUUUUUUCAUUUGUACAGACUGGGUCUCGAUCUUCUGUAUUGGAGUCAUUGGUUGGGGUUUAUUAAGGGUAUUGAAGGUUAGAAGGGCUAUCGUUCAAGGAUGGAAUCAACAAAGUCCAGAUUGUGUUUUUGAUUCAUUACUGUCUGAGCUCACGCUCGGGAGAUGAUUACCUAGGAGUUCGGCCUUCGCAAUAUUAAUCAGCGUUGUCCAGUUGUAGAUACGCUAUGUAAUAUCUAAAUGUGUAUCAAUCUUGUCG